AUUAAUAUGUAGCUGAGAAGUUCGGUUGUAAUCAUUGUGCUUUCCUGCUUUUCUUUUCUUUGGUUGAAUCUAAUCAAUAAUUGAGCUCAACCCUUUUAAGAUCUUUUCAUGUCUCUGUUUCUCUAACCACUGAACGUAAACAACAACCCCUAGAGAAAGAGAAAACUUUCUGUCUGAUUAUUGGGUUAUCAGUAGUUUCCACAAGUACCAGAAACUGUCAAAGAUCCAUUAGGGUGGAAAAGGUGAAGUGAUAAUACACAACUAAAAGUCCGUCUGCUAAAAAAGAGAGGAAAAAAAACAUUACUUUGAAACCCAUCGCAUACUCCCAUUCAUACUUUCUUAUUAUGUGGUUUUUUUUCUUCUCUUUGUCUCCAUUCAUUGGCAUUAGCUUCUUCUUAGUCUUUUUUUCAUUGUUAUUCAAUGAAUUGUUGGCAUGCGUUUGCCACUGCAGGCAAUGGUAAACUGUUUGUGUCGUAGUCGUAAUUCAUUCAGCUCUGGAGUGGUGCUGUGUAGUUAUGGGUGAAUCAAUAGUUGCGGCCUCAAGUUAUGAAGAUAAGAUAGGAGGAACAGCUGCCUCAGAUCCUGCUCUUCAAGUAUCAGUUUCAUUUGGUAGAUUUGAGAAUGAUUCUUUGUCUUGGGAGAAAUGGUCGUCCUUCUCACAGAAUAAGUACUUGGAGGAAGUAGAGAAGUGUGCCUCUCCUGGAUCUGUAGCUGAGAAAAAGGCCUACUUUGAGGCCCAUUACAAAAAGAUUGCUGCUAGAAAGGCUGAGCUAUUUGAUCAGGAGAAGCAGAUGGAACAUGAAUCAUCGAUGGAAAACAACCAUAACAUUGGAGAUCUAACGGGCAAGAAUGGCCAGACGGAUUCCAGCUUUGAUGUGUCCAAUGGCCAAACUUCUGCUGAAGGGAUUUGGCACGAAAGUAAAUUGGAUAAUGAGCGGGAUGGUGGCCAUGUCGAUGAGCCUUAUGAAGACGCUGCAAUUGAUGUACAUGGUCAAGCCUCAUUGAGUGGGCUCUAUGAAGACGCUGCAAAUGAUGUACAAAGUCAAGCCUCAUCGAACGGGAGAGUGAAAGAAGAACUGGAAAACAAAUUAGAUAGCCCCGAGUCAACCAAGCUGGAAGAAUUGGCUUUAAUAAAAGAGGAGGAAAAGGGAUAUCAAGAUACGAGGGAAUUGCCAAAGAACUCAGAAAAAGAGAAGGAAAGCAUCCUAAUGAUCAAAGAGGAAAAAGUGAAGUUCGAUCAUCAAAGGGGAUCUUCAAAGAUUAUUCCACUGAGCAAGGUUAGAGACAUAGCAAGGGCAAAGAAGAAACCAGAACCACUUGUAACUAAACAGCCACAAAUUUCCACUCCAAAGGUCUCAAAGCGUGUGCCAACUUCUAGUUCACUGUCUGCAUCACAGUCUUCCACGAAGAAAAUGAAUGGCUCAUUGUUACCAAGGAGCAAAAAUCCUCCUGCUGGAGAGAACAAGAAAGUGACUUCUAAAUCCUUGCACUUGUCUCUGACCAUGGAUCCCUCAAAUUCUGAGCCAGAUCCUCUUAUAACUACUAGAAAAUCAUUUAUUAGGGAGAAAAUGGGGGAUAAGGACAUUGUCAAAAGAGCAUUUAAGACAUUCCAAAACAAUUUUAGCCAGUUGAAAUCUUCUGCUGAAGAGAGAGCUAUAAGAGAAAAGCAGGUGCCUGCCAAAGGGACAGAUGUUAAGGUUUCCACGUCAAUGACACCACGAACGGAGAAUAUAGUGUCUCUCAAAUCCAGUCGGGUGGAUAGGAAAACUGCUAAGCUGGCCCCAUCUUCUUUUGUCUUGAAAAGUGAUGAAAGGGCAAAGAGAAGGAAAGAGCUUUCCAUGAAAAUGGAAGAAAAAUCUAAUGCUAAGCCGGCAGAGAGCACACACCUUCGAACAAAAUCAAAGGAGGAAAAAGAGGAAGAGAUUAUAAAGCAAAGACAUAGCUCUAAUUUCAAACCCACGCCAAUGCCAGGUUUCUAUAGAGCACAGAAGGCAUCAAAAAGCCCAUUAGAUAAGGAGGGUUCCAAGACGCUUCGGAUAUAGAGUUAUGCAUAAUCUACCAGGAAUGAGAUACAAAGAAAUUUUUCUACAGGAAACAGUGGGUGAGGGGUAGUCCAUUCACAUUGGAGGCUGCAUGCAUAUAUUUCUAGACUAUGAUUGUACAUACGGAGUGGAGCAAUUGCUUUCCAGCAAGGAACCCUGUAUAUUGGAAUUGCAACCAGAGAAACCGGAUAUCAUUAACCAUGCUGUCUAGAUAGAUGGCAGAUUAGUUGUGUGACAGAAAACGGUAAGAAGUGAGCACUGCCCUGUUUUUCACUCAUCAACUUUGGAGGCAUGGAUGUAGGACGUAGAAAUAAUAAUAAAAAAAUUAUUGUUGUGUGAGAUCAAAAGUAUCAAAUCGGUAGAAAUGCAAGGAGGCCCUGUAAUAGUUUGUAUAUAUUUACUUGUAUUUGUGAUGGUACCAUGCUCUGCUUUUGUAAAGAUGUAUUUUCCAGGCGUCUUGUCCCGCAAA